CUUUAUUUCGAACAUUUAUCGAAUACUUAUUCUAUUCUACGAUCAAGUAACGUAGUAGCUGUAUAUUCAAAUUCUAGAGUAAUAAAAGGAGUAAAGUAACGUAACGUAACUCGUGAUCAAUCGAUCACUCAAAACACUCAAUUCUUAUCAAGAAUUUCAUUCGUAAUUUAGUAAUUAACGUAGGCGAAAAAUUAAAUAUCAUGUUCAGCAUGGAAAACUAUAAGCUUGAGGAUAAGUUUAGGAUAAGAAUGAAUACUUCAUAUGCGGGCAACUUACAAGGAUUUCGUGCAGUUGAUAAACAAGAACUCUUUACUCGAUUUACGUGAACUUCGCAGAAGGGGAGAAGAAGAAUUUCAAGGUGAUCGCCGAAUCGUUCAUUCGGGUAUGAGCAAAGGUCGUAGUUAUGUCGAAGGACGAGAGUUCGUUGAACACGGAGUUCACGUCGAAUACCAUUUUAUAGCCAGAUGUUACACGGAGGAAAUCGAACGUUUCUUACGUAAGAUAAAAGAUGGAUCGAUGAAGACUCCCGAUGUGUUCAUUAUGAACUCUUGCCUUUGGGAUAUAUCCAGGUGGGGGCCUCAUGGUGUAGAUGCGUAUAAAGAAAACAUGACUAAGUUAAUGCAUCUCUUGAAAGAAUGUCUUCCGAGUCAGACUCUGUUCAUUUGGACUACGACAUUACCUGUAUCGUCGCUUAUACGUGGAGGAUUAUUAAUCAAACAAAUAGAUUUCUUACAAGACAUGUUGAGAUUCGAGGUAAUGGAGGCGAAUAUAUUUUGUCGUCAAUUGAUCGUCUCGCACGGUUACGAUGUCUUGGAUACGCAUUACUAUCUACGUAUGCAAGUUCAUCGACGUUUCCCAGAUGGCUUGCAUUACGCUCCUUUGCCAGUUCGUCUCAUAACUAAUUUAAUACUGACUCACGUUUGUUUAUCGUGGGAUAUACCACUCCCUGGUAGAGCUAAAGGUGUCGCUUUGGAGCGAGUGAUUAACCACUGCACUUUACAAGCGAGCUCAAGAGCAAACGAUGUGGUGUUACCGACAGUACCGGACUGUCUAAAUGUAAACGGCAAUCAAGCCGAUAAUAAUGAGACUGAAGCGCAACCGGUGCCACGGAGAAAUGUGGCAAGGCCGCAUAUGAAACGUCGUGGAACAAAAAGAAAUGGUGCGUGGGUUCCACCGCCACGUAACAACGUCCAAGUCCAAGCUUGGGACACGAACAAUCAAAACUGGGAUGCAGCUCCAGCUGAAGGACCACAAAGCUGGGAAACCGAAUCCGGAAUGUGUCCAGCAGCUCCUCGCAACGAACCUCCCUGGGCUAAUCCUCAGCCAGCACCAGCACCAGCACGACUGCCUCCGUGGAAACAACGACAACUCGAGCGAAACCAGAACCAAAACCAGAUCCAGAACUUUUGGCAAGAUUGUACCGGAGAAGACGAUACUGCCCAGCAAGCUGAUUGGAACGGGGAUUACGAGUACAACGAACAAUAUCAACAAAGCUCGUACGCUGAUUUUGAUCGAGUCGGAGGACCUGUGCGUCAAAAUCAAAAAUUCAACAAUAACCGCACCAGACCUUACUGAAAAGACUACGUAUAUUAUUUGAAACUUGUUUCGUUAUUAUCUUUAAUAAUAAUUGAUAAUUGAUACCGAACUGAAAAUACUAUACUCGAUGUGAUAAUUUAUGAUAACUCUUGUGCCUAAUUUUGUAUAAACUCGUCAACUCAAUGACUCAAAAUUUUCGCUUAGCUGAAAAUUCGGUGUUGAUGUUCUACCCCCUCCUCCCCCCUUGAUUUGUUUUUUCUUCUUCCUAUACUCCAUGAUAAUAUUUUUGAAGUUAACUUUCGCGUAACGUAAGUUUAUUUACUAUAUAAGUGUUUUUCCUAGUUUUUCUCUUCUCUCAUUUUUAUUAUUUUCAUUCGAUACAUUCUCUUACUUUUUUGUUACUUAGUUUAGUGGUUUUUUUCCUUCUACUUUUUUUUUCUUUUACCAUAAAUAUGUUAUUUUACAUUUAUAAGUUUAAAACUUUUGUGAUCGACGGGUUCAAGUCUAUACGUUUACGUAAUUUUUUCAACGUGCUUAGUCGUUAGGGUAUGUUUGAAAUUAUUUUGCGUUUUUCAUUUCCAUUUUCCUAAGGUUAGUGUAAGCUGUUGAUUGAAGGAGAAAUUUCUAAGUUGUUUUGGUACGAUAUUCAGAUAUGAGAUAAGUACGUUAAAAUAUGUGUUAUGGUAUUGAAUAAGUAUUCGAUAUGACUGUUUUCGUUAUACGUUAACUGUGAUAUGUUUUUUUUCCUGCAGAAAUUUGUUUUCGAAUAAACUGUCGGGGUUUCGAUA